GGUAGAGAGUUUCCUAUCACGAAACGGCUUCGCACACGCGCAGUAGAAGAAGUGUGCAGCUCCCGAUCCUCGCGCACAUUGACAGGAUCUUAAAGAGGAACAUCUGGACACCCCCUCUCCCCUUCCCACUAUGGCCGACUCCAUGGAUAUAGAUGACUCUCUGUACAGUCGGCAGCGGUAUGUGCUGGGGGACAGUGCUAUGCACCAGAUGGCCCAGUCCACAGUGUUUGUCAGUGGAAUGGGAGCACUUGGAGUGGAAAUAGCAAAAAACAUUGUUCUGGCAGGAGUGAAGGCAGUCACUCUUCAUGACAGUAAGCGAUGUGAAGUUUGGGAUCUGGGCACCAACUUCUUCAUCAGAGAGGAGGAUGUGAAUAAUCAGAAGAAAAGGGUGGAAGCUGUGCAUUCACGAGUGGCAGAGUUAAACCCAUAUGUCCAGGUCACCAUGUCCACUGAUGUCCUGGAUGAAAGCACAGACCUCAGCUUCCUGAAGAGAUACCAGUGUGUAGUGUUAACAGAAACAAAGCUGACCCUACAGAAACGAAUCAACCAUUUCUGCCACACUCAACAGCCUCCUAUUAAGUUCAUUGGCUGUGAUGUGUUUGGGAUCUGCUCGCGGGUGUUCUGUGAUUUCGGGGAGACGUUUGAGGUGUCUGACCCUACAGGAGAAGAAUCAAAAGAAAUUUUUAUCCAAAACAUCAGUCAGGGCAGUCCUGGUGUUGUGACAUGUAUGGACAGCCGAACACACGGCCUUCAGACGGGACAGAGUGUUUGUUUGAAAGAGAUCAACGGCAUGACUGAACUCAAUGGUACCAUGCACCAGAUUACAGUUCUGUCUCCCUAUACCUUUGCGAUUGGAGACACUUCAUCAUUCCAGCCAUAUACUCACGGAGGAUUCUUCCGCUUGGUCAAGAUCCCCAAAACCUUCAGCUUUGAGAAGAUGGAGCAACAGUUAUCUGAUCCUCGGCUCCUUACUCCAGACUUCAGCAAACCAGAGGUCCCUCUUCAGCUCCAUGCGAUCAUGCUAGCUUUGGAUGCUUUCCUGGAACAGCAUGCUAGACUGCCCAAUAUUGGUUGUUUGCAGGAUUCAGAGCUGCUUCUGAAAUAUACAGAGGAGAUCAGCAAAACACUUAAAAACAAGGUAUGCAUAAAUCCGGAUCUGGUGAGGUGUGUGUCGCGCUGUGCCAGAGGGUGUUUGUUUCCUCUAGCGGCGACAGUGGGGGGCAUCGCUAGUCAGGAGGUCUUAAAGGCUCUCACUGGGAAGUUUUCCCCUCUUCAACAAUGGUUUUAUCUGGAUGCAUUAGAGGUUGUACAGCCCCUCCAGUCUCUUCCUGCUGAGGAAUUUUCCCCAAGGGGUGACCGGUACGAUGCAUUGCGGGCAUGUAUCGGCCAGUCGCUGUGUUUGAAACUGCACAAGUUUCAAGUCUUCAUGGUGGGCUGUGGUGCUAUUGGCUGUGAGAUGCUGAAGAACUUGGCACUUCUGGGUGUGGGAUUGAGUAGAUUUUUGGGAGAGAUUUGCAUCACAGAUCCAGAUUUGAUUGAGAAAUCCAACCUCAACCGACAGUUUCUCUUCAGACCACACCAUAUACAGAAACCCAAAAGCACUACAGCAGCAGAAGCUUCAUUAGAAAUAAACCCAGAGCUGCAAAUACACGCUCAUCUUCAUAAAGUGUGUCCUGCUACAGAGGACAUUUAUAGUGAUGAUUUCUUCUCCCGCCUCAAUGUGGUGGUCACCGCACUGGACAACGUGGAGGCACGGAGAUACGUGGACAGCCGGAGUGUAUCCAAUCAGAAAGCUCUGUUAGACUCAGGCACAAUGGGUACGAAAGGGCACACUGAGAUCAUCGUUCCAAACCUCACCGAGUCCUACAACAGCCAUAGAGACCCACCAGAAGAGGAGAUUCCAUUUUGCACUCUAAAGUCUUUUCCUGCUGUUACUGAACACACCAUACAGUGGGCCAGAGACAAGUUCGAGAGUGCUUUCGCCCACAAGCCCUCAAUGUACAAUAUGUUCUGGCAGAGUCACUCAUCAGCUCAGAGUGUUCUACAGAGGAUGAUGGGUGGAGAGAGCAUGGAAGGAUCAUUUCAGGUCAUUAAGUUGCUGAGUCGGAGACCUACUCAAUGGGAUCACUGUAUAACUCUCGCUCGACUCAAAUUCGACAAGUACUUCAAAAGAAAGGCAUUACAACUACUGCACUCAUUUCCAUUGGACACACGGCUAAAAGAUGGCAGUCUGUUCUGGCAGUCUCCAAAACGACCACCUUCUCCCAUAGACUUUGACCUCAGUGACCCGCUGCAUUUUGGUUUUGUUGUCAGCGCAGCUCGCCUUUUUGCUGGAAUUUAUAAUAUUCCAUACUCAGAAGAGCAACUUUCCUACGAGGAUGUCUCCAGAGUUUUAGCUGAAGUGGAUGUUCCUGAAUACAAACCAGCUGAAAAGCAUAUAGAGACUGACGAGACUGUUAAAAAGCCAGAUCAGUUGAAAAUAACAGUGAGCAGUGAGGAGGAAAGAGAAGCCAUUUCACAGCUACAAGAGGCCAUCAACUCCAACUUAGUAACACCUGAGAGACUAUGUAUGAGUCCGCUGUUCUUCGAAAAGGACGAUGACACAAAUGGACACAUGGAUUUUGUAGCAUCAGCGUCAGCCCUGCGAGCUCGUAUGUACGCCAUUGAGGCCGCUGACCGACUACAAACCAAACGAAUAGCUGGCAAAAUCAUCCCUGCGAUUGCUACAUCUACAGCUGCUGUCGCUGGACUGGUGUCGAUGGAGUUGAUUAAAAUUGCUGGCGGUUAUGGAUUUGAGUUGUUUAAAAACUGCUUCUUCAACCUGGCCAUUCCAGUUGUGGUUCUUACAGAAACAGCUCAGGUCAAGAGAACCCAAAUCAGAGAUGAUAUUUCAUUUUCUAUCUGGGAUCGUUGGACCAUCUUCGGUCGUGAGGACUUCACCUUAUCUGAUUUUAUUAGUGCCGUAAGGGAGAAAUACGGGAUUGAGCCCACCAUGGUUGUUCAUGGAGUGAAGAUGCUGUAUGUGCCAGUUAUGCCAGGCCACAACAAAAGACUAAAACUAACAAUGCAUAAACUGAUCAAACCUUCAUCAGGAAGGAAAUAUGUCGACCUGACCGUAUCGUUUGCCCCUGAGGUGGAUGGUGAUGAAGAUCUUCCCGGUCCUCCAGUGCGAUAUUACUUCAGUGGAGAAAAUGAAAGCAGCGAGACAGCCUGACACACACACACAUACAAAACUCAACAAACACUCUUCUCUCUUGCCCUGUGGACCACAAGUGAAGUAGCACUUGAUCAGACUCAGUGUACAUAGUGAAUUUUUGUUUUCUACUGGUUUAAUAUUUUAUUGCACAGCAUUGCCUGUGCAGAUGCCUUAAGAUAAUUCUAUUGUACUUCAAUGUGGCAACAAUGACUAAUAUUAACGCUCUUAAGAGUAAAACUAAAAGAAAGUGUUUACACGACUUUCCCCAGGGCUUAAAAGAACACUCCACUUUUUUUGGAAAGCUAAAGGGGGAAGCCCUUUUAGCUUAGCUUAGCAUAAAUCAUUGAAUCAAAUUAUUAUCAUCUCAUUUAAAAAUGAUCAAAGACUGUUUAUAGUUUUGCUAUUUAAAGCUUGACACUUUUGUUACAUCGGGUACAAAGAUUGACGAAAAAUUAAGAGUUGCUAUUUUCUAGGUCGAUAUGGGUAGGAACUAUACUCUUAUUCCUCCGUAACAAUCAAGAAACUUUGUUGCCAUACCAUGGCUCCAGCAGGCACAAUCAUAGUACACAGAAUCUAAAAAUAGUUACCAGGUUACUCUGUAACAGCGCUGCAUAAUAUUGUUGUGCCUGCUUCAGCCAGUAAAGAUUCUUGAAUGUUACUCAUGAAUGAGAGAAUAGUUCCAGGCCUAGAACAUAGCAACUCAUCAUUUUUUUGUCAGUCUUAUUACACAGUGUAACUAGAUCUGGGGUGUCCAAACUGUGGUUGUCAUGCUGAGUCUAGCUUCAAGACACUUCAAGUUUUUAGUAUAUAUAAUAACAGCUUGAUUAGCUGGUUCAUGUGUGUUUAAUUAGGGUUUGAGCUAAACUCUUCAGGACACCGACCCUCCAGGACCGAGUUUGGACAUCCCUGAACUUAGAGAGUCGAACUUUAUAUAUAUAAAAAAAAAGCAAACCUCUUUUUGAGCAAGGUGCUAAUCUAACCUGAUUCAGUGAUUUAUGCUAAGCUAAGCUAAAAGUGCUUCUGCCAAACGCAGAUAUUGGCAGAAUGGAUUAAAAAAUUGUCUAAAAUGUCCACAUGAAAAAACAUGGAGUGUUCAUUAAUAUUGUUCGAUUGUCUAAAAGUCAAUAGACGGCUUGUAAGAGAUAAAGAGUCAUCAUGAAUAAGCGGUUAUUUAUUUGCACAUAUUUUGGGAGGAUUUUAAGGUUUGAGAGGUUUGUCAGUCACUGUAAGCAACAUAAAAACCAAAGAUUUUGCUUCUGGUUUCAAAUAUUCAUCAGUGGCUUUCAGCAGCUCUUCACGACUGGUUUCCCAUGAAUGAGGCUGUCAGGUCUUUUGUGAUCUUAGCUGUCAGUGAGGACAGAUGAGGUAAAGAAUUUCACCUCUCUCGUUACGCCUACCAUGAUGGUCAUAAUUCAUUAUUGCCACUAGAGGGUGCUAUAAGUAACAGCUUCGCUUUCUCAUCUGCUACUAUCAACUUCAGGUUAAAGUAUAUGAAGGUCAAGGAGGAGAAUCUGAAUGAUGAGAUUUUAUAUAACUGGCAAAGAUAUAGACAUCAUCUCAUAUGUCAGUGUAUAUUCAUAUCACAAUUCCAAUCUGCAUGUGGACACAAAUAACAGGUCUUUCACAAGUUUCACGUUGCAUUUGUAGUCUUGUUAAACGUCAUUGAAUCGUCCUAAAGUGUCCUUUAGGCAGGUGGCUGUUGCUUAGCACACUGGUUAUUGGCAGUAGUAAUUAGAAAUCACACACACACACACACACACACACACAUAAACAGCUAACCGGAUGAUAUGGUUUGAGCUUACAGUGGAGAUGUUUGAAUGCAUAAUGAAGAGGAAAAAUAGAGAAAAGUUUCUGAUUUGAUCCCUUUAAAAUGACCUUCAGUUGCACAGACUUUCCUCUAAUGAUGUCCUACUGCUAAUAUGAUAUCUAAAGAAGAUAAAUCAGUGAUUGGAACAUAUGAUGUCAUUGUGACUAAAGUAAACUACAAGAGUCCAAUAAAUUAAAAUUUCAAAUCAAA